AUGGGUCGGAGCGACUUCUGGUCCAAGGUCUUCAACAAGAAGACAUCCAAGAGCCUGAAAACAACGGCCAAGCGGGUUAAGACACAGCUUGAAUGGGCUAUCCCAGGCCUUCGAGUGGUCAAUGCUGUCAAUACUGUGUGGAAAGCUACUGAGGUCGCUGGUAACGUUUCUAGUGCCGCGCAGACAGUGAAUGAGGCUAUUCCAGAGGUCGUUCUUGCCGGAAAAUCCAUCGCAAGCAGCGCCAGUAAAGCAGCUUACGCCGCAGCGUUUACAUCUGUCAUCUCGACAGUGGGUACAUUCGGUGGAUUGGCCAUCGCUUACCAAGGCACUCAAGCUCUCAACCGGAUCGCACGGGACUUGAACAACAUUAGCCGAAGCACUGUGGCGCACAUCGGCCUAACUGCCCCACGCGAGUUUGCUCAGAACGUAUGCGAUUUCAUCAAUGAAAAGAUGCAUAUGCAUCCUGACAAAGGCAGAACAGAGCAUGCUUUCUUCGUCUACCACCCCGACACAGACUGGACUUCUCCAUUCGCCGAUAUUCUCUGGAACGGAGGACUUCACGAUCGCGAAGGAAGAUACCGGGGUCGAACCAGCAAUCUUGACUUCGCAACGAUAAUGAUGUUACAAACACUCGAGAGGGAGGAGGAGCCCGGGAAGAAACUUAAACUGCAUCUGAUCAUCCCCGCCUAUAGGCUUCUCCUUAUUGAAGAACCAAUUCGCCUCCCCGAGGCCUUGGGCGAGCUGAGGAUACAUGGAAAGAUACACGACAGUACGGAAUGGGGUCGGAAGACUGCAGCGCGAGACGACCUGGUUAGAGAUCUCCCCCCUCAGACUCAGACGAUGAGGGAUAUGCAUCCGACAGGGCCACGAUCGGCAGCAGUGACAGCAUUGGUCAAGAUGACCGAAACAGAUAUGCACGAAACUCAAGGGGAUGGAGUCAUCAUGGACAUGAAAGAAGCCACAGACAGAACGCUCCAGGCACUGGGCACAGGAGACGAGAAGACAACAGGACCAGAUCUACGAGAAGCAGACGAGACGACUGAAGGGAUUGGAUACAACGUCGCCAACAAUCCGAAAAUGAGGGAUCGAAAUGUUUUUUCCAGCGAUGGUGGCAUAUUCGUCCACUAA